AUGACGAAGAUGCGGGGUGUUAAUUGGAGUAGGAAAUACAAAGUACAGAAUUACCAAAAUGGCCAUGCCUACCUCACCUCUCACAGAGUAUGCUAUGUUGCAGCCGAGGAUCCGCGCAAAUACUCGGUGGCCAUUGAUCUGAAGGAGCUCGAUAGAGUGGAGUCCCAGGCCGGAUUCCUCAAGUCUUCUCCCAAAGUCACAAUAUACCCCAAACCACAAAAGAAAAAGACCGAGCCCUUGAGGAGCGCAACAGCCAGCCCAGCGACCUCUCACCAAUUGUCCACUCAUUCGACAGAAUCACUGGCCAGUCAUUCACAAACAAGUCUGCCCCAGACCUCGGCUUCUCCGAAGCCCAUCAGCGCCACCUGGAUUUGUCCCAUAUGUACAUUCUCGAACCCAGUGCCAUCUAAUUUUGAUCCCGCGACAGCCAGUGCAGCCACACACCUGCCUCCUUGCCUAGCAUGUGGCAUCAAGCCCCCAUUUACCACAGUUCUCAAAGCAGCUAUAAGUGCUGCAACAACCCGUGAACCUCCCUUGCCGACUUCCGCUCCGUCCCCAGCCCUCGCGCAGAAUAUAGUACAAUCAAACAGCAGCUGGUCCACUGGACCGGGAGGAUCUACCCCUUGUCCGCGCUGUACUUUCGUGAAUCACCCAUCUUUGGCUGAGUGCGAGAUAUGCGGAGCACCAUUGUCGGGUGGGUCGGCUCACAUUAAUCGCGUGGACUCCCCCGCGCCUGUAUUCGGGCAAUCCCAUAUUGCCAAUACGGAAGUCAGUGAAAGUAUCAAGCUCUCUUUCCGGGCGGGUGGUGACAAGACAUUUUAUGAGCGGCUCAAAGGUGCCCUGGUUCAAAGGAAAUGGCUUCUUCAAAAUGCGCCUCCUGUUCCUUCACCCUCUCAAGGCACAUCCUCGCCUGGCUUGCCAUCUUCUGCUGCUGGUGUUGAAAGCCCUCAGCCUUCGGUCCAGCGGCCUACUGGUGUUGGUAUAGCAGGGCUGGAACGGCGAGGCCUGGAAGCGAGGAAGAAGAACGAACUUGUCAUCGGAAACUCCUUCGAAGACCUGGAGGCUCUGAUGGCCUCCGCGAAGCAAAUUGUUGCUCUGGCGGAAACCUUGGCAAGAGAGUCCGGAAUGACUACGAGUGAAGGGUCGGCCGAAACCAGCGCAGUGCUCUCUGAGUCUGCAGCGGCCUUGGGGAUGGUAACCACCAAAGACAUGCUCAGCUCAGGCUCGGAAAAUCUUUACUUAUCAGAGCUUGCGAGAGAUCUAGCAGAGUACCUCACAGAUGAUCGGAAGGGGAUUUUACAGCGAGAAGGCGGCAUAAUGAGUCUAAUAGAUCUCUGGGCUGUGUUUAACCGGUCCCGCAAUGGCGUCGAGCUGGCCAGUCCUUCGGAUUUCCAGAAAGCCGCUGAAUUGUGGGAAAAGCUGAAGCUGCCUGUGCGCCUCAGGCGCUUCAAAAGUGGUCUUCUCGUGGUUCAGCGAUACGAUUGGAGUGACGAGAAGACCAUUCGAAAAUUGCAAGAUUGGAUCGAAGAGCUACGACGCGUUCCACCUGAUGACCCUGUGCCCUGGGAUUGGUCCCUAUUUGGUCGAUCUAUUACAGCACAGGAGGCCGCGCAUAGAUUCAAAUGGAGUGUCGGAGUCGCGGCCGAGGAGUUGGAAAUGGCCGAAGACAGGGGUAUUCUCUGUCGUGAAGAGGGGAUUGAAGGCCUCCGCUUCUGGAGCAAUUACCUAUCGUUGGCCCCAGAUUCUGACGAUCUUUCACGCCUUGCUAUUUGA